AUGGAGAUUAACCACUGGGAAGAAAUCAACGGCCAUUUUCGGACAUUGGACACACCGGCCGCGCUACCAUCUACGAGCGGAAACGGGACGUUCGUGACCAACGGGAACAAUAGCAUUAGCUGGCAGCGCGUGGUCGAUCAGGAUUCUGUUGUGGAACAAUUACCAAAGAACAGAUCCACAAAGUUGUCGUACUUCACAAAUUGGAGCGAAUGGAGUGUGUGCGAUCGACACUGCACGCAGAAUCGCGUUCGAAGGUGUCGCGAGAAGAAAAAAUGUGGUACCACGAUACUUAAGGAAGAACGAACUUGUCAACACAAUAGAAAAAGUAGGUGGAGAAGGUGCAAGCAACAUCAACGAAGAGGUCAUCGACAAAAUGAUAAAUUUCACGUCAUUCAGAUGCCUAAAAAAGAAGCUGCACCUAGGCAAGGCAGACAGAGAGGCAAGGACCAAUCUGUAGGGUAUUACGGAAAGUGGAGUAAAUGGUCACCUUGUACGAGAUUAUGCACUACUCAACGUCAUAGGUGGUGCAAGAAACCUGGGAUUUGCGGACGCGAUGUGAUAAGGGAAAGUGCUUAUUGUUACGUCGAAGGUAGCUUCUGCCAAAGAUGGAUUCAUCGAAAAAUUCGUGGGAAUCAAGAAGAAGAUGAUACAGUAUUAGACGAGUUCGAGUUGAAUCCCAACACGGUGGACAGUUUCAUCCCCGAGAAAAAUUCUAAUAUUUGGAAAUGUGGCGUCCCGAGUAUUCAAAAAACUUCUCGUCUUUCUUACUUUACAAGGAUCAUCGGUGGACGGCCAUCGACUCCGGGAAGUUGGCCAUGGCAAGUAGCCGUAUUGAACAGAUUUCGUGAAGCUUUCUGCGGAGGUACAUUAGUCUCUCCAAGAUGGGUACUAACUGCUGCUCACUGCAUCAGAAAGAGGCUUUAUGUUCGCAUUGGUGAACACGAUUUGACAGUGAAAGAAGGCACUGAAUUGGAAUUAAGAGUGGAUUCAGUCACGAUACAUCCGGAAUACGAUGCGGAUACAGUGGACAAUGAUGUUGCAAUGCUUCGUCUUCCGGUCACUUUAACAGCGUCGCCGUCCAGAGGAAUUGCUUGCCUUCCGGCGCCUAACCAACCUCUACCUGCCAAUCAAUUAUGCACAAUUAUCGGCUGGGGAAAGUCGCGAGUCACCGAUGACUUCGGGACUGACAUUCUUCACGAGGCUCGAAUACCUAUAGUAUCUUCAGAAGCAUGUCGAGAUGUUUAUGUAGACUACAGAAUCACCGAUAACAUGUUUUGCGCCGGAUAUCGUCGCGGGAAAAUGGAUUCUUGCGCGGGAGAUAGCGGAGGUCCUCUUCUGUGCCAAGAUCCUAGAAGACCCAAUCGGCCCUGGACCAUUUUUGGCAUUACCAGUUUUGGCGAAGGAUGUGGAAAACGAGGGAAAUUUGGAAUUUACGCAAGAAUGUCGAACUAUGUUCGCUGGAUCAGCAGAGUGAUGAAAGAAACCGAUGACUUUAAUUAAAACUUUCAUAACACUCAUGUGCUUGGUUCUAAUUAUCGUGCUCAGUGCUAUUAACUGUUCAGUGAUCUUUAAGUUAAGAACAAUAUCCAGUGUACUUUUAAUUAGGUAUAAGAACGAGUAAUCAUUUUGAAA